CCGGAGCUGAACAUGCAGUGAUGCGGCUACAUACAGCAUUGAAACACGAAAAAAGCCCGAAACUUUAAAAUAAACAUUUGAAAGCCAAGCUAGCCACGAUAAGGUUGCAUGGGAAGGGAGAUUUGGAAGGGAUUUACAGGGCAGCAGUGCAUCUACCAGCACUCAGCUGGGGCACGUGCGGAGGCUGAAGCCGUAGAUCUUCACCAUAGAACAUGGCUUGGUGGCUGCCGUCUCAACUCUUGUAAAUGCGCGUCAUCAAGCCACAUAGGCUGGAAGAAGGGUUGCUUAUCGUAUCGCUUGCUGAGUAAAGAGAUAGGCGAAAUCCAAGCUCGCGCACAGUUAUGAGUAUUGCAACACAAUGUACAUCGACAGAUUGGGGAUAGCUUGAACUCUAUUGUGUAGGACAAACUUUCAGCUUAAGCAAGAGGCUCAACUUCUAGC